AUGACCGCCACACUGCUCAUCGUUGUCACUCCGCUAUUCUCCUUCGCAAUUGCGUCCAACGUCCCCUCGGUCGACUUUACAAAUGCGACAAGUCGUCUACGAUUCGCCGCCGACGACUCGCUUGUUCUUCUGCACAACUACGGUCUGCACGUGUUGCUCGGUGGCAGGUGGAACGUCAUUUUUAAUGUGAGUAUCACUCCACUUGCUGUUGUGUUCAAAUACGAGUGGCCGACGUCUGACGAGGACCUUCUUGAGUGCACGAAGAAGACGACGUCACUGGUGAGCGAACUCAGCUACGUAUUCUGCAAGUUGCGGAGGACUAACAAAUACGAAGAACAGAAGGAUGAGUUCGUGGAAAUUGGUAAAGAUGAAAAUGCUCACUCGUCACUGCCUUUAGAUGGGAAUUUCUGUGACAACUACAUCCGCACUUUCUACCUCACUCAUAGCGGUUUCGUGGUAUGUGGCACUCACGGCCUUAACCCUACGUGUGCGAAUUUUGUCGAACGCGAAAGAAGUCCUCAGAAGACGUUCGCGGGCGACGGGCUCGCUCCACACGCGCCAGACGUCGUCGCCCCAUUCUUGUUCUCUGGGCGACAUCUCUACACUGCUAACGCACCUGACUACUCAUCAACGGACCUUCUUCUGAUGAGGAAGGAUCCACUAAAGGUCGGCACAUCGGACAUGCUGCGAACAAGCCGAGGCGAAACGCAGACCGAUGGCACGCAAUUUGUCAAGCUCAUCGAGAACAAACAUGAGGUGCUUGCAUUCUUUUCCGAGCCGUCCUCAGAGAGUGAGGACUGCGGUCUUAGACGGGUAGCUCGGAUUGGUCGCGUCUGUCGUGACGACACUGGUGGAUCCGGAAAGCAUCACCAUGAAUGGACUUCAUUUGUGAAGAGUCCACUCGAUUGUGCCAUCGAGGGCAAGGAUCAGGAUACUCUGCAUUUCAACCAGUUCGCCUCCGUAGCCGCGGGCAUGCAGCUCAUCUACGGAGCUUUUCGUUCGCAGUUGGCCGGCCUGGGUGGUUCGGCCAUCUGCGCCUACUUUCGGGCUACCGUCUCCCAGCGAAUGGCAAGCGCGUUCAGAAACAGGAAAACGGCUUGUCCGAAGGCCAACGACACCUACGAGCACACCUACAUUCGGAACAAUCCUCUCAUUCCCACUAAGCUCUCCACGUCGCCGCUCUUUGUGCACUAUGGGAAAGAUCGAUUUUCCGAGAUUCUCGUCCAGGAAGACGUUGUUGGCAGGAUCACCUAUUGUUUCACUAUCGGCUCAUGUCAAACGGCUUCAGAACCGGCAGUCAGCUAA